CCUUGUGAUCGGUUGCAAACCCGUCACAUCUCUUGCCACAGGCUCCUCCUUCAAACCCUCAACGGCAAGGAAUUAACCAUCAUCCAUUUUCUCACCAAUUGACCCGGCUACUCUUAUACCGCCUCGAUUGACUUUGUGAGGUUGCCAUCCCGAGCCGCAAUCAUGAACGGCGAAGCCUACUCUCGAGAUGGGCGACGAGGUGGAGGUAGGGAGUUCCAGAGAGGCGAACGGGACGAGCGACGCGACAGAGAUAGACCCCGAGACCGCAGACGGUCUCGCUCACCAUAUGAUCGGAGCUCACGGCGCCGCGAUGAUGAAGAUAGCUAUGCUGCAAGCCGCAGUCACAGAGAGCGGGAGCGCGAAGACAGAUACUCCGGUCGGGAUAGACGUGCCGAGAGAGAGUGGGAUCGCGAUCGUGGCUCCUCCCGCAGGGAUGCCAGGAGGGACGACGAUGACCGUUAUGCCCGUCGCGCUGAUCGAGAUCCCUACGAUGAUCGCCGUCGUGGAGGGCGUGAUAGACACGAAGAGCCCCACAGCAGAAGGGAGCGCCAACGCACUGCCACACCGCCCCCCAAGAAACGCGAGCCGACUCCGGACCUCACCAACGUGGUUCCCAUCCUAGAGCGGAAGCGGCGUCUUACCCAGUGGGACAUCAAACCUCCCGGUUACGAGAACGUCACUGCCGAACAAGCCAAGCUCUCCGGCAUGUUCCCCCUGCCGGGCGCUCCCCGUCAGCAACCCGUGGAUCCUACCAAGCUCCAGGUUUUCAUGAACCAGCCCGGAACUCCGACCAACAGCGGCGCGCUGAAGCCGACCAAUUCACGCCAGGCCAAGCGUCUUAUUGUCAACAAUCUGCCCCCUUCCGCGACGGAAGAAAGUGUCAUGGGCUUCUUCAAUCUUCAGCUCAACGGAUUGAAUGUUAUUGAGAGCACCGACCCUUGCGUCCAGUGCCACCUAUCGAACGACAAGUCCUUUGCCGUCAUCGAGUUUCGUAAUCCAUCCGAGACCACGGUCGCUUUGGCAAUGGAUGGUAUAUCCAUGGAGCCAGAUGAUGCGCCCAGCAACGGUCCCGCUGCUGCCCGCGGCCUUCAUAUCAGCCGUCCUAAAGAUUACAUUGUUCCCGCGGUGGUUGAGCAGACGCCAUACGAGCCAGGCGUCGUGUCGAACGUCGUGCCCGACACACCGAACAAGCUCAGCAUUUCUAAUAUGCCCCACUACCUGAACGAGGAACAAGUGACGGAACUGCUAGUCUCGUUCGGAGAGCUUAAAUCGUUCGUGCUUGUGCGGGACAGGGGAACAGAAGAGUCACGGGGCAUCGCUUUCUGCGAAUACGUCGAUCCCGCAGCGACAGACGUUGCAUUACAAGGGCUCAACAAUAUGGACCUCGGAGACAAGAAGCUCAAGGUUCAAAAGGCCAGCAUUGGCGUGACUCAAGUUGCGGGAGUCGAAAUGGGUGUCGCCGCCAUGUCGAUGCUCGCCGGGACGACAUCAACCGAUUCCGACAUUAGCCGAGUGCUACAGCUCCUCAACAUGGUGACACCUGAUGAGCUUUUGGACAAUGAUGAUUAUGAAGAAAUCAUGGAGGAUGUCAGAGACGAAUGCUCUAAAUAUGGCAACAUUCUCGAAGUUAAGAUCCCUCGUGCGACAAGCGGAAGCAGGCAGUCCGCGGGCGUCGGUAAAAUCUACGUCAAAUACGAGACAAAAGAGUCGACCCAGGCAGCCCUCAAAGCUCUGGCAGGCAGGAAGUUUGCAGAUAGGACGGUCGUCACAACAUACUUUCCCGAGGAAAAUUUCGACGUCAAUGCUUGGUAGAUUGACGAACCAGUUGAAUGGCUCUACAUAUUCGGCAAGCGAAUCCAUCUGCUGUCACGCUGGUAUCAAAAAUUGGUUAGGUGGCUUGGUCGAUGGGAGGGAGUCCCCGAGGACGCCUGUCAUUCUUUGGCCUUUGGCGGUCGGUCGUGUAUUCAUGUAUCACUAUCCGUCACAGAUGAAGAUGAAAAUUUUAAACAACAUAUACGGUGUAUAUUGGUACUGUCAUCACACUCGCCCUUAGGCCCAUAUCAAUGGUGUUGUUGGCUGGACCCAAGGACGCAAGGGGUAAACAUGCGCACAUAGACAGGCAAGUAGCAGAAUGUCUAAAAAGAAUUUGAUUUCGGAGUG